AUGGAAUUCGACUCCAACAAUUCCCCCAUUAUUCGCCUUCCUGCACCACACACCAACAUCAUCAUCACUCCGCCCCGAUAUUCCGAUGGCGAAGCCGUGAUCUCCAUGCUCAGCGACCCAAGAGUGUACAUGAACCUCGCAGGUCCGCCGUAUCCCUACGCACAGAAAGAAUGGGAUGAAUGGUUCCCAAUCAUUCAAAAGGGCUCCCAUGACGCGCUACUCGAAUGGAGGGAAGCCGAGAAGUCGAGAAAAGACGGUGGUUAUGAAAAACGAUGGGUCAAAGGAGCGCCUGUGAUUGCGAUUCGAGAUGUUGAUCCCGUGAAUCGCGAGCAAAAGCUCAUCGGUAUAAUUGGGGUCACGAGGAUGGAUUUUAUGAUAAAGGCUGCGAGUGAUGAGAAUAAAAGGAGACAGGAAGUGAACGAGGCAUUGGACGCUGGAGAUCCUGGGAUUGUUUGGGAGCUGGGCUUUUAUCUUGCGCCUUCACAUCAUGGUCGUGGUAUCAUGCCCGCCACGAUCCGUGCACUGAUUCACGAUUUCAUGAUUCCCUACAUGAACGCACAUAUCAUCACGGGGUCGUAUUUUCAGCACAAUGCUGGAAGCAGAAAGGUCUUUGAAAAGAACGGGUUUGUGUUCGAAGGGGUCAUUCCAGACUGCUUUGAAUUACCUGAGAGUAAGACUGGUGUGAAAGGAAAGAAGGCCAGUGUGGGGUUCAUGAGGUGGACACGGUCGCCAUAA